AUGUCAGCUCAAGAAGAAUUCGACCAAUUGGUUCAAAACAACCGCGCUCAACAUUCCUCCCACCCAGAAGAUCGCGCCGAGUCUCCCCACUUCUCGGACGAUAACGACUCUCUCUCCUCUCCACCCCGUCAGAUCCGCCAACGUCGACUCAUCGACUCCUCCGACGAGGACGAAGAUCUAUCGAGCAACAUGGUGUCUUCCCGCAGCAACUACCACGUCCCCAACACCGUCUUUGAAGCCAACACCGGUCCCAAGGGUGUCAUUGCCGACGCACAAGCCUUUGAGCGGGCCAAGAAGAAGUCCUUUCGCAGGACCCUGCUGAGUGCCGCGGGCUUCGAUCCCAAUGGCUCCGCCUUUGGACUGAACAAGGCGUCUCGAAAUGACUCCUCCUCCGCCCCCGAGGGCUCGUCGGAGAGCGAUGGGGACGAGGAGCAGUUUAUGAACAAGUGGCGCGCCUCUCGGAUGCAGGAGUUGCAGAACCGCAACACCCGCCGCCAAUCCCCACGAGGCCGUCGGUUUGGCUCGGUCGAGACGGUCGACGCCGCGGGGUAUCUGGACGCCGUCGAGCAGGUCACCCCAGAUACGGUGGUGGUGGUCUGCAUCUACGACCCUUACUCUGAUCAAAGCGCCAUUGUCGAAGAAUGUCUCGUGACCAUUGCUCGACGACAAACGUCCACUCGCUUCGUCAAGUUACACCAUGAAAUUGCCGAGAUGAACCACAUCCGCGCUCCCGCUCUGUUGGCCUACCGCGGUGGGGAUGUUUUUACCACCAUUACCGACAUCAUUCACAACAUUCCCCGAGGUCGCAGCUGCAGUGCGGACAGUCUGGAGGAUCUGUUGAAAUUGCAUCGAGUUCUCUGA